UGCAGGUCGGCCUGUGUCAACCGGUAAUAUUUCGAAUGGUGGCAGUAACUAUCUACAACGGUUACCAUGCAAUCAACACGCUGGCAUUUUUGGACGAAGGCUCGUCCUACACACUGAUAGAAAGUUCUCUGACAAACCGGCUUAAAAUAAAGGGCCAAACUUUACCACUUCGGGUAACCUGGACGGCUGGUAUGACAAGACUUGAAAGAGAGUCACAGCAGCUCCAAUUGACGCUGUCCGCACGAGGAUCGAACGAGAAGUACUUGAUCCGGAAUGUACAUACAGUGCAAUCCCUCAAGCUUCCAGAACAAGCAUUGCGGUAUGCUGAAAUGGCAAACCAGUACCGACAUCUUCAAAAUCUACCAGUGGUAGACUACGACAAGGAGCCGCCAAAAAUUCUAAUUGGACUAAAGCAUCUCCAUCUGUUCGCUCCACUGGAGUCACGAGUCGGUAAACCAGGAGAGCCAAUCGCCGUGAGGUCAAAGCUUGGAUGGACGGUCUAUGGUUCGCAAAUUCCCGAUGAAGUGACAUCGCCCUAUGUUGGAUAUCAUUCGUGCGACGGCGUAACCAACCAAGAGCUACACGAUUUGUUACGGUCCCAUUACGCUUUAGAAGAUGCUGGUAUUUCAGUGGAUGUGCUGCCGGAGUCAAACGAGGAUCUACGAGCCCGGCAUAUCAUGGAAAGCACAACUGAGAAGAUAGGUGAUCGAUUCCAAACGGGACUGCUGUGGAAAGAAGAUGAUCCACAGUUUCCAGAUAGCUACUCGAUGGCGCAUUGGCGAAUGAAGUGCUUAGAGAGAAGACUGCAAAAGGAUCCAGAGCUUGAAAAGAACGUUCAAACCCAGAUCGUGGAGUACCAGCACAAAGGCUACUGUCACAAAGCAACAGAAAACGAGUUGACCAGCGUCGAUCCCAGGAAGGUGUGGUAUUUGCCACUGAGUGUCGUGCUAAAUCCGAAGAAACCGGGUAAGGUGCGUUUAGUGUGGGAUGCUGCGGCUGCUGUGCAAGGUGUUUCACUCAAUUCGCAACUACUAAAAGGACCGGAUUUCCUCACGUCGUUGCCAUCAGUGAUCUGUCAAUUUCGGGAACAUCGUAUAGGGUUUGGUGGCGACAUCAGGGAGAUGUUUCACCAAGUGAGGAUUCGGCCAGAAGACAGACAAGCUCAACGGUUCCUUUUCUCUGGACAGGUCUAUGUAAUGGAUUGUGCCAUAUUUGGCGCGACCUGUUCCCCUAGCCAAGCCAUGUACGUAAAAGAUAGUAACGCCAAGCAGUGGGAGUCAAAGUAUCCAGAAGCGUCCAUGGCGGUCGUUAGGAAACACUACGUGGACGACUAUUUUGACAGCACACAUACCGUCGAAGAAGCAGUUCAGCGAGCUAGAGAAGUCCGGUUCAUACACUCCCAGGCCGGCUUCGAAAUAAGGAACUGGGUAUCCAAUUCCGAGGCGUUCCUGCAACAGUUGGGUGAAACGGAGAGAAGCGAAGCGGUACACUUCAAUCGGGACAAAUCUACGGAUACAGAACGAGUAUUGGGUAUUAUCUGGAGUCCAGCUGAAGACGUGUUCAAGUUCUCCACCAAAAUAAGGGACGAUUUGCUACCCUAUUUAUUCGAAGGGAAAAGACCUACCAAACGAAUAGUUUUGAGCUGCGUUAUGAGCCUGUUUGAUCCGCUAGGGCUUCUAGCACCGUUUACGAUCUACGGUAGAAUCCUGAUUCAAAGCUUGUGGAGAACAGGAUGUGAAUGGGACGAAACAAUAGAUGAUGAAUCUGCGCGAAAAUGGGCGUUAUGGAUAAGUCGUCUGUCAGUUGUAGAAUCUGUGAAAGUUCCUCGUUACCAUUUCGGAGACGGCAUCCUGCUCAAGAAAGAUUCCCUGGAGUUGCACAUCUUUACUGAUGCCAGUGAGUGCGCUUACGGCUGUGUAGCGUAUUUUCGUAUUAUGGCUGGUGGAGUUCCUAGAUGUUCAUUAGUGCAAGCGAAGUCAAAAGUGGCGCCAUUAAAGCCGUGCACUAUUCCGCGGUUAGAAUUGAUGGCAGCUGUGCUGGGCGCCCGUAUGGUGAGCACGAUCAAGGAGAGUCACAACUUGGAGAUACAACGGGUGUACUUGUGGACUGACUCGCGUACGGUUCAUUCUUGGAUUAGAUCGGAUUUGUGGCGUUAUAGAAUUUUCACCGCACUGCGAGUAGGUGAAAUUUUGAAUCGAACGAUGGCUUCUGACUGGCGCUGGGUACCGACCAGGCUCAACGUAGCGGACGAAGUAACCAAGUGGAGCAACGGGCCGAAAUUGGAGACAGACAGUCGAUGGUAUAAGGGUCCAUCAUUUUUGUAUCUGCCGGAAGAGGCGUGGCCAACUCAGCCGGAGAUAACACCAAAUGUUCGUGAAGAGCUUCGUACUACGUUUUUGUUUCACGAUCUGGAGUUUGCGGAGCCGAUUGUGGACGUGAUGAGAUUCUCUAAAUGGAAUGUUCUGGUAAGGACAGUCGCAUGCGUUCAUCGAUUCAUCAGAAAUCUUCGUAGAAGGCAACAGGGGAGGCCGAUUGAAGCCCUUCCAACUACAGACAAAGUGAGAAGCGUAGUUCGGCGUUUGGUCCCAUCGAAUAAACAAGCAUUGCGAAGAGAGGAGUUCCAAGAUGCCGAACGGUUCCUGUGGAAGAUGGCCCAAGGUGAGCGGUUUGCAGCCGAGAUUCGGAUUCUUCAACAAAACAGAAGUGGAAAGAAUUUACCGAAGGCAGAAAAGGACAGUGACCUUCAUAAGCUGUCACUAGUUCUUGACGAGUUUGGUAUACUUCGCCACGAAGGCAGGACAGCGGAAGCCCAAUUUCUCCCUUUCGAAGUUCGAUUUCCGAUUGUACUACCAAGGAAGCAUCCCAUUACUAUCAAGCUAUUGGAGUACUAUCAUCAGAAGUUCGGUCACGCAAAUCGUGAAACAGUGGUGAAUGAAUUGAGGCAGAGGUUCUACAUCUCGCACAUCAGAGCACAACUUAAGAAGGUAAUGCAGGAAUGCAUAUGGUGCAAAAUACAUAAAUGUCGCCCAAAAGUUCCUCGAAUGGCACCGCUCCCUAUCCAACGUCUAACCCCGAAUUUGCGUCCAUUUAGCUUCACCGGAGUAGACUACUUUGGUCCAUUGAUAGUCACAGUCGGCCGCCAUACAGAGAAGCGUUGGGUAUCAUUGUUCACCUGCUUGACUACUAGAGCCAUACACUUAGAGGUUUCGCACAGUUUGUCCUCACAAAGCUGUGUGAUGGCAAUUCGUCGUUUUGCAUGCCGGCGCGGUAUGCCAAUUGAGUUUUUUUCCGAUAACGGAACAAACUUUGUAGGGGCGAGUAAAGAAGUCAUCGGUAGCAUCAGCGAAAACUGUAGUGAUAUUUUUACGGAUGCCAGGACAAAAUGGAAUUUCAAUCCACCCGCUGCACCUCAUAUGGGUGGAGCCUGGGAAAGGCUUGUUCGUUCAGUAAAAGAGGCGAUGAAAGUGUUUGAAGACGGGCGUAAGUUAACAGACGAGGUUCUACUGACGACUUUGGCAGAUGUGGAAGAUAUGAUUAACAGUCGUCCUCUAACCUGGCCGUGAUGUCUUCGAAUCGAUGACUGGAGAUGCGGAAGCUCUACGCGACAGCUACAAGCGAUCUCAGCAGUUAUCUAACAAGAUCUGGAAGCGUUGGCUGGAGGAGUACCUCCCGUCGAUAAAUAAGCGUUCGAAGUGGCAUGCAGAGUCGGAGCCAAUUACAGAGGGUGACAUUGUGUUUGUAGCUGACGAAGACAACAGGAAACUUUGGGUACGAGGAGUUGUACAAGAGGUAAUUCGAAGUGCUGAUGGACGUGUUCGACAGGCUAUAGUUCGAACGAAGAAAGGUUUGUAUCGUCGUGCAGUGGCAAAACUAGCGGUACCAGAAAUUCGGACGGUGAACUCUGGCUCAAAUGAAUCUGCGCAAGAGUCACGGGGAGGGGCUGUUGAGGCACCGCCCACUGGCAACACGGGUACUGCACACGACCACAGCAGCGAAGCUAAGUUGGGGCAACCUUAAGAUUAAAUGUUAUACGUCAACGAAGGAAAAGAACCAAAACAAAAUCUAAUCAGAACGAGAGUGAAUUGCAUAAUCUUCUAUUAUCACGUGGUAAAAUUAUAAAUUAAUUAACGUCGGAUAUUCCUGUUAGAUAUUCCUUUAAAUAUAUUCCUUUUUCUUCUAUUAGUUGAGUGAUUUGGACGUAAGUGAAGAAUUGCCGUUAACAGACAAGCAAAUUAAUUGAUUUCAUUUCUAGAAGUAUCUUUAUUUCGCCGCUAGCUGCCGGGAACUUACAGUUACAGUUUUCUAAUAAAUUCCACUAUAUCAGUCAGUAAGUAGAAAUAAGUAAUCAGAAAAUAAUUACUAAAUAUAAAAUUUACCAUAUACAUCAUUGAUGCUGAAAGGAAGGAAAUUUCGCUAAGAGUGAGGCAAGGUUCAGAAGAAAGAAGAGGAGAAUUUGUUCACUUGAAGGAAACUAUUCAUGUAAGUUUUGUGACUUAUAUUUGGUUAUGUUUAAUCGUUAAA